AUGCAGGGUAAACUCUACGUCCGCGGCGACGGCAAAAUCUUCCGCUUCCAGAAUGGAAAAACCGAAUCUCUCUUCCUCCAACGCAAGAACCCCCGCCGUAUCUCAUGGACGGUUCUUUAUAGAAGACAGCAUAAGAAGGGUAUCUCUGAAGAAGUUGCCAAGAAGCGCACUCGACGAGCUGUUAAGUCCCAGCGUGCGAUUGUCGGUGCCUCCCUAGACGUCAUCAAGGAACGAAGGAGCAUGCGCCCCGAAGCCCGUCUCGCUGCUCGCCAGCAAGCCAUUAAGGAGGGAAAGGAGAAGAAGUCCGCUGCGGAGAGCAGGAAGAGAGCUGAGAAGGCUAAGAGCGCUGCCGGCGCUGCCAGAGGUCAGGCCAGCAGAAUCCAGAGCAAGCAGGGUGCCAAAGGUGCACCACCCAAGGUUGCUGCCAAGUCCCGUUAA